AUGCUUCAAUUUAAACAGCGCUUUACUUUACAGAACUUUAGGUUCCUGCUACGGAAUCUUUAUGACCCCAUUGCACUUAUCAUCUAUGCAUUAGCAUUCAACACAACAUCUGCCAUACAAUACUCCAACUUAUCGAAACGGCUACAUUAUGUCAACUUUGUUCCCAUCACAAGCAUAGCAAUGAUCAUCUUCAUUCUCAUACUAGAACUAUACCUGAGGUUCUUUGAAAAAAUACAACUCCGUUCCAAAUGGGCUAAAGCAAGUCACUGGGUCAUUCAAAACAUUUUCAAGAAACUCUUUUGGCUUUGCUUAUUUGUCAUGUGUAUACUCACAGUAGUGCAAUUAUCACAGGGCCAAACUACAAACCCAUUAAUUGUUAGCGAUCAUGAGGUACAGGAAUUGAAUCUCAACAAAGGUCAACGUGCUGGAUACAUGAUUAUUGAAUUAAUAUGCGUUAUACUCAACUGCGCCGUGCUUAGUAUCUGGUGGAACACUACAAUGUCCACCGUGCAUUUGCUAUUUGCUGGCUUGAAUGUCUUUCAAAUAUUGAUCAGUAUUAGUAUUAUCCAAAUCAAUUUGAACUUGAUCAACUUGUCACAGGAUAGUCCAGCAAAGAAGAUGCACAAUUUGUUUGUCUUGUGUGGAUCAUUUAUGAUUGGUCAAAGUAUUAUGGGAUUAUGCAUCACCAUUUCUCUCAAUGAGAAAAACAGGUUAAGCAUACUCAUUGGAAGAUUGAUCUUUACAUACGAUGUAUUCAUUUUCUUUUUGGGAUUGUUGUACAUUGCAUGCACUGCUGUUGCCAGUGUAAAGUUUGAUUACAAGCCAAAGGAAGGAUUGAAUGAGGUGCCCAUCAGUCUUCCCGUCCUAUUCGGAGUUAGUGUCGGCAUUUCGCUUGUCGCGUUUUGUUGCACGCGGUAUUUCCGAAUCAGAGUGCAGCAAAAUGUUUACCAAGUUGAAGAGUACGAUUUGGGCUCCUUAACUCAACACCAAAAGCAAGGAUGGAGUAAAUUGAUUGACUUGAACAAGAAAUAUAAUGGAGGAGUCACCGGUGACUAUGUACUUAGUCUUAUGGAAAACUAUACGCAUGCAGAUUUGCCAGGCAUGAGAUGCAAAGUGUUACGAGUCUAUAGUAAAUCAGAAAAAUCGGAAAAGGAAUACAAUGAAAAAGACAAGAAAUUGCGCAACAAUGACAACAAUGAUAAUGAUUUGGAAAGACAAGUUUCGCAAAAGACAUUUGUACACAAGGGAGAAUUACACGAAAAGCUGAUGAAUCAUCAUAAAAAUAGGGGUAAAUUGAGUACUCCCUAUGAUGAUUUGGACCAUGAAUCACUAUUAUUUGCAAACGAGCCCACUUUGGCCGAAGCAGAUAUUUCAAUGAUGUCACUUGAAGAAGAGUACAAGCCAUUGAGUAAGAAUCAGUUGAAGAAAUUAGCCAAAAAGAAUAAAAAAGCUAAAAAGGAGGCAGAGCUACAGUCCUUGGAAAAUAAUACUGAAAAAUUUUACCAAGAAUUGAUGAACACCCAAGCAUUAGUACUCUUGACCAUUGUUGAAGAGUUUGAUUUGAGUGAACGGAUUCCUGGUUGGAUUGGCAAAAAACUAAACAAGUGUUUUGGCAAAAAUUCGAAAUGGCCACUCUUGUGUAUAAAGUUUGGUCUUCUUGGGUUCCAUUGGCCAUUUAAGAGAUCCACAUUUUAUUGCUCUUCAACAAAGAAGCCAGUUGCCAGAAGUGCUAGUGUGCUCUAUGCAAUUUCACAAUGGAAUGCCAAGAAUGAGAAAUGUACUGUGAUGCUUGAUCCGGGAUACAAAGAUGCUAACUUUGAAGCCGGUGUCGACUACUCCGGAUGGAUCAAGAUCAACUUGCCCAACAGUCAUAUCAUUGACCUUCGUCCUUACCAUAACCAGACCAGUGCAGAUUUCUUCAAAGCAAUCAAGUAUAGGAACCAAGACAAUGCGUUUAAACAAGCCAGUGGAGUUGUGGAUGAGUCGUACAAUUUCAAUUUUGAAAAUUGUCAAGAAAUCAUUGUGAUGAAUGACCAUAUUGCACGACUGAGGCAAGAAAGCGGACAAUCGUCACAACUUUUGCAUCCCGAUUGGGAGUUUAUCUACAACUUGGGUAACUACACCAAUGAUCAAAAGUAUAGGUCGUUGUUAUUCUUGAAAGUUGGUGACGAGAUUAUUGCCUCGUGUGUUAUUUUCCGUCUUGGAGAAACAAUGACUUCGGAUAUCCAAGGGUUGGACCAUGAGAUUAGCAAAAAGUACAAGGCAUACUUUGUAAUGAUGCAGGAGGUGAUCAAGAUAGGAAUGAGGGAAAAUGUUAGUUUUAUUGAUUUUGGGCCGACUACAGAAGAUGCCAAGGUGGCUAUUGGGUGUAGUGUUGUGCCCUUGAUAGGAUCAUUAUACCCUAGGUAUAAAUUGAUGGGUCCCAUUAUCAGAUUUGCUGCUAGCAAAGUAGAUGUCUAA